AUGUCUGAGCCUAGCAAAAAACGCACUGCUGACAGUGGGGUCUCCGAAUCCCCAGAGAAGUUGAGCCGUGAAGAAAUGACCACACCCACCCUCAGACAGCCCAUUUAUCUCAGAGGAAUCUCCACCACUGAGGAGUUGGACUUACAGGUUCUACCGUUCAAAAACCAGAAACUAGCAGACUGUUUGGAGCAGCGAAAAACUUGUGAAGAUGAACUGCGAGAACGAAUUAAGAAACUGGAGAAGCGACAAGCUGCGGAUGAUGCCAUGCUCCUCACUGUUAACCGCUAUUGGGCCCAGCUAGCUGAAACUGUGGAAACCCUUCUCCAACGCCUUGAAAACCAGGGGGUACUGGGGAAGCAGGAGGGGGUGACACCUGACGAAACUCUGCUCUCGGAGCCAGGGACCUCAGAAUUGAGGGCUCCCCAGUCAGUGCAGCUGCAAUCCCCGAUCAGAGAGUCAGCAUUGGCUUUUGUGGUGGCCUUGGGCGCCAGCAGUAAAGAGGAGGUAGAGCUGCAGGGCCGUAUGGAAUUCUCCAAGGCAGCCGUGUCUCGUCUUGUAAAGGCCUCAGACUUCUUGCAGCGCCAGGUGGGGGAGCUGUGUGAGCGAGUAUGCAGCCGAGAAGACAGCGGGCUUCUUGGUGAGAGGGCUCAGACACGCACCAGUGAUCUGGGCCGUGAGAACCAACGACUACAGGACUUGGCCACCCAGCUACAUGAGAAGUACCACCGCAUCUCGUUGGAAUACUCUGAGCUCCAGGACAAGGUGACGUCAUCCGAAACAAAGGCGCGGGAGUUGGAGACCACUGUAGAUGACCUGCAGUGGGACACUGAGAAGCUACGCAAACGCGAGCAGAAGCUCAAUAAGAACCUGGCAGAGGCCUUGAGUCAGCUCGACCCUGGCUACAGUGUGUCUGGGAGUUCCUCAAGCUUCAACUUGCAGAAGUUUGAGACGCUGAUGGCAGAGUUGAAAGAAAACCAGGAAUUGGCCAACAGCCGCUUGGCAGAGCUGGAGACAUUGCAAGCCGAAUUCUAUGAGGCUGUGGGGACUAAUGAGCGCCUCAAGGUGGCCCUGCAAACCCUUCCCAUGGAGAUGGUUCGGGAGACAGGAGAGUACCAAAUGCUGCAGGCCCAGUUCUCAUUUCUCUACCAUGAGUCUCUUCAAGUAAGGACCCAGCUGGAUGAAGCCCGGGAUCUGCUGCUGACCACCAAUAAUUCCCACCAGCAGUACAUCCAGCACAUGGAGAGUAAUGAGGUGGGGAUGCAGAUAAACCUGCGCACAGAGGUUUUCCACUUGGAGGAUACAGUGGCUCGGGUACGCAAGGAGUAUGAGACGCUGCGCUUGGAGUUUGAGCAGAACCAAGCAGCCAAUGAGCAGGUAGAGCCCAUUAACCGGGAGAUGCGUCAGCUGACUCGCAGCGUCCAAAUCCAUAAUGAACAGCUGAAGAAGGAUGUCCAGCGCUACAAGCGGAAGCUGCGAGACAUACAUGCUGAGAUCAACAAACGCCAGGCCCGGUCCAGUGGUUCUUCCCAUUCCAUCUCCGGUGAGGUUCCUGCAGGUGACUCUAACCUCAGUACCCCAGAGCCAGGAAAAGAAGAGGGUGGGCCAGGCCCAGUGGGUACCACAGACAACAGGAAGGAAUUGGUGGCCAUGCCUGUCACUGGCACAUCAUCUGUGAAGGAGGAGGAGAUGCCCCCUGCUGAUGAAAAACCCCAACCUGUCACCCCUGAGCGCCAGGGCCUGUCCUCCCAGCCUCAGAAAACUGAAGCUGGGCCCAGCCAGGAGUUUCGGGGCCAGAAAGGGCCCAGCCUGGGAGCCCAAUCCACAUCACCAGCCUUCUCACGAGCUGAACAGGAAAAGGCCAAGGUGAAGGAGACCAAGAAGAAGACUUCAGAACUCCUCAAAGGCCUCCGAGCAGACCUCAAGAAAGUUCAGGAAAGUCAGAAAGAGAUGAAACUGUUGCUUGACAUGCACAAAUUGGCUCCCAAGGAGCAUCGGGAUAAUUCGCAGCUCAUGGCAGAUGAAAACAAGAUCAAGGCUGAGGUGGAUCAACUGCGGGGCCAUGUCGAGGAGCUGGAGGAGAAGGAUCGCAGGGAGAGUAAGAGGAUCGCAGAUGAACGAGCCCGGAGGUGCAACUGGCAGGCAGAGCAGAUCAAAUACCUGCGGAGGAAGCUGGGGUCUACCAAGCGUGAGGAAGAUGCUCUCGCCUCGGAGAUAGAAUUGACAGGCCAGGCUUUUGAGGAGAUGCAGGAGCAGAAUGGGCGGCUCAAGCAGCAGUUGCAGGAGAAGGAUGAAGCCAACUUCAAGCUGCUGUCAGAGAGGGGCAAGAUCAACGACACCUACAAGCUGCUGUGUGAGGAGAAAAAUGAGCUGGGAGAGCAGGUUUUGAGCCUCAAGUCCCAAGUGCAUGCCCAGCUGUUGACUAUGCAGACACUGGAGCAUAACGAGUGGAUCUUGCAAGGCUGCCUUGGUAAUGUGGAGAGGGAAUUGAUGCUUUGCAACCAGGCCCUGGAGCAAACGAAGAUGAAGGCUUUGGAAACCAUGCAGCUGGUCGAGAAUCUGAAGGCACAUCUGGAGCAAGCGCAGAAAGAGCUGCAACAGAUUCAGCCUUGCCUGGAAGAGAGCAGGUUGUCUCGGGAGAAGGAGAGCUUUAACCUCAAGAGGGCACAGGAGGAUAUUUCACGACUGCAGCACAAGCUGGAGAAGAAGAAGAAGGUCCACGCAGAGGCUGACAAAAUCCACCAGGAAGAAAUCAAGGAAUACAAGAUGUGGCUGACCUGCCCCUGCUGUAACACCCGCAAGAAGGAUGCAGUCCUCACCAAGUGCUUCCACGUAUUCUGCUUCAAGUGCAUUCGGGACUGCUAUGAAGCCCGCCAGAGGAAGUGCCCCAAGUGCAACACAGCAUUUGGCGCCCACGACUUCCACCGUAUCUACAUCAGCUAA